GCGCAAGGUCAACAGACCGCAGUGGCCUUCUUGGGUCCGAAGGCUUCGUAUACACACCAGGCCACCCUCUCCGUCUUUCCCAACUCCCAAACCCACGCUCUCGCUCCUCAAGUCUCCAUCGAAGACGUCUUCGCCGCAGUGCAAUCCUCCACAACCGGCACUCUGGGCGUCGUACCUUUCGAAAACUCCUCCAACGGCUCCGUGGUCUUCACCCUCGACCUCUUCGUCGACCUACACAAUCGCUACCCGGACCUCGUCGUCGACGCAGAAAUCUACCUCCCCGUCCGACACUGUCUCCUCGGUCACCAGCGCAAACAGCUAUGCAGCUCCUCGCCUCCCAAAUCAUCAUCAACAGGUGUUCCAGACCUCUCUCAUAUCACCAAACUCUACUCCCACCCUCAAGCCUGGGGCCAAUGCAAAUCCUUCCUCAGCAAACACCUCCACGGUCUCGAACGACAAGACGUAUCCUCCACCUCUCGCGCAGCCGAACUCGUCGCUGCUGACCCAUCCGGAACCAGCGCAGCCAUUGCCUCCAAAAUCGCGGCCGAGCUGAUUAGUCCAUUGGAUGUACUGGUCGAAGGCAUCGAAGACAACGAAGGGAACAGCACGCGAUUCUUCGUGUUGCGGAAACUGUCCUCCUCUCCGACCUCCACUACAUCCGACAUCCCGUCAUGCGACGCUCCCACCAACGAGGAGGAUUACGAGCGCCACAAAACUCUCAUCACCUUCACUCUGCUCCAACAUGGCUCGUCCGGCGCUCUCGCGGAUUGCCUGGCGGUGUUUAAGAACCACGGUAUCAACCUCACGAGUAUCAACACACGGCCGAGCGGGGAACGG